UUAAAUCCAAUCAGAAAAAGGAUACCAUACCACAGCAACAAGACACAGGCAUAUUAUAUUAUUAUAUAUUUUGUAAUAACAAAAUGGAUUUCAAUUUCGCCGAACUGAAAAAGGAGGCUGCCUCCACAGCCGAGGAUAUUUUCAACAAUGCGAGCAGCGCUGCCGGUGUCGCCACCAAAAAGGUGACAAGCGCCUAUGACGAUUUGCUGGGCGACCUCAGUGACGAUGUUAGCGGCGUCGGCAGCGGCGUCGGCAGCGGCGCCAACGUCAGCAGCGGCGCGCAGGACGAUAAUGCGCAUACCGAGCAUUAUUUUGCCAACGAGCAGAAAAAUGUGGACUUCGGUGACCCACAGGCGUUCGUGCAACGCAUGUCGGCCGGUGCCAAGGAGGCGCAGGAGCAGCUGGAUGCCAAGUUCGCUGCGAAAACAGAUGAUUUCGGUGACUUUCUAUCGCAGGCGGGCAAAGGUGCCAAACAAGGUAUCAGUGACAUGACCACGGACUUUAUGAACAUGGAACGCGGUUUCUUUGGAGAUGCACCAGCUCCAGUUCCAGUUCCCGCUGCAGUUCCCGCUGCAGCUCCAGCUCCGCCCAAGCAUGAGAAAGUGGAGCAGGUGGAGCGGGAGGAGGAGGAUUUGCUGGGCAGUUUCAGCAAACCAACAGCGACUGUGCCACUUCAACCAUUUCAGCCAACAGCGCCAGCCAAUACCCAUUUCUAUGAUGAUGAAACCUAUGAUGCCGAUGAUGCUGAUCUAUUGAGCAAGCCGACUCUAACUGCAACUGUUGUGCCCCAGGCAGUCUCGGCUGCCAUUGUGGGAAAUAAGGAUUCCGACACAGAUUCACCGUCCGUCUCGUAUACUCCGUCGCCGGCCAAGAAACCCAUUACGGAUGCACUUAAAGAGCAGGACAAUGAGAAAUUCAUUUCGUCCGAGGAUCUAUUGAGUGACUUUAAGGAGGAACGCACAGCCACGCCUCCAGUGGCAGUCAAGGCCGCUCCUGCCGCUCCCACUUCCGCUCCAGUCUCCGCUCCAGUCUCCGCUCCAGCCCCCGCUGCUAUGGUAACCGAUUUGGAUGAUGACGAGGUUGAAGUAAAGCCAACUGUUUCGAUUCCAUCUAUUCCAAAAGUGGAGCCAGUGAAGCCAGUGUCCAAAGUGGCGCCACCAAAGGCACAACAACAACAACAACAUCCAAAGAUUGUGUCCGUUGAGGAGAUUUUCUACAAAUAUGGACUCGAUGCCUGGUUCAAGCCCGAACGUUUGCACCCGCAAGUGGAAUCCCUCAUCUACUGGCGUGAUGUGAAAAAGUCCGGCAUUGUGUUUGGCGCCGGUCUGGUCACACUGGUGGCCAUCUCCUGCUUCUCCGUGAUCAGUGUGUUUGCGUAUUUGUCGCUGCUGGCGCUCGUCGGUACCGUCGCCUUCAGAAUCUACAAAUCGGUGACACAGGCCGUACAAAAGACAAACGAUGGACAUCCCUUCAAAGAAUAUCUGGAACUGGAUCUGACGCUGUCACAGGAGAAGGUGCAACAUAUUGCCGGUGUGGCUGUUGCACAUCUUAAUGGCUUCACUGCGGAACUGAGGCGUCUGUUUCUGGUUGAGGAUAUUAUCGAUUCGAUUAAAUUUGGUGUCAUUCUGUGGGUAUUCACCUACAUUGGCGCCUGGUUCAAUGGCAUGACUCUGGUCAUUCUGGCCUUUGUCUCGCUGUUCACCUUGCCUAAGGUGUAUGAGAACAACAAGGCAUCGAUCGAUACUUACUUGGAUCUGGUGCGCACCAAGUUGACAGAGAUCACCGACAAAAUCCGGGUGGCUAUUCCCAUUGGCAACAAGAAGCCUGUGGCUGCUACUGAGUCUGAUAAGGACAAAUAGAAAGCAACAGCUAAAAAAAACUAACAAGCAGCAACAACAACAGCAACAACAUGUUUAUUUAUUUAUUAAGCAUUAUUUGAAUGAUUUAUUAUUCAUCGGGGCAUAACAAAUAAAUAUUAUUACAAUAUACAAACAAGAAACUUGCAAUGUAAACCCUUAACUAAAAAGCUAAAAAGAAAGAAAACAAAAAACUGAAAAGAAAAUCUAAAAAUAUCAACACAUCGUAGAAGUUUCAACAUUGUCCAAGUGUCUUUAAGUUUUUAAACGAACGAAAAGAAAACAAAAAAUAACUAAAAAGAAAGAAACAAAAAAAAAAAACACAGCCACAGCAAUGCAAAUAAAGUUUCCUCGGUUCCAAUUUCUUUUCCUUUCUUCAACGAGAGAGAUUCUUGGCGACAAAACCCAAGCAAUU